AUGACUGAAUCUAUCUUAUCUGCUCCUCCCUUUAAUCUACAGCAUACUCGUCUCCCAUCGAUUAAUUUUAAAGAGUGGAUGCUGGAGAGGGCGAUGCAGUUACAACCUGAGUUGUUUGCAAAACUGUUAAUGAUCAUUCAUGGGGUUUGGAGGAACAGGAAUAGUACAAUAUGGCAUAACAAAACUCAAUCAACUCAAGAUUUGGUGUUGAGCAGCUUUAUAUGGCUGGAGGAGUUUACUAGUAUCCAUGUUGUUAGUAACAAAUCAAACAAAUUGCAGCAGAAAACGUGGAAACCUGUUGCACAAGGAAGCCUCACAUUGAAUGUGGAUGCUGCUUUCCUUCUGGAUCAUCAUCAAGGGGGCAUUGGUGGAGUGCUUAGGGACUACCAAGGACGAUUCAAAGCAGCCUUUGCAUGUUCCAUCCCCUAUACUGCAUCUCCAAAACAGUGUGAAAUGUUGGCAAUCCGUAAAGGGCUUGACCUAUUACAUUCCCUUCAAGAACAGAAUGUGGUUGUUCAAAGUGACUUAUCAGAAGCUAUUGCAGAAAUUCAAGUGGAAGAUCACAAUUUGCUAGCUAAUGGUGGUCUCAUUGAUGAUAUCAAACAGAUUUGGCAGAAACUCAGGGGGAUUCAAUUAGUUCAUACACCUAGAAAUUGCAAUCAAGUUGCGCACCGACUUGUUGCAAUAGGUUUUGAAGCAACUCAUGCUUUUGUAUGGCUGCAUCAUGCACUUGAUUGUAUACUUGUUGUUCUCAACUAUGACUGUAACAAGCUCAAUUGA